UGCAACAAUAAUAUCACUAUAUUAAAAAGCAUAUCUCUACAAAUAUAGAAAAACAAAAAGAAACAAAAAAGUAGUAAAGAAUACAAAUACAGAUUCUUUAGGUGACCUCCUAUUAUUUCCUUCAAAUUUCAUCCCACCGUUUGGAUUUUAUUUUUUUAAAAUAAUUUUCAGAAAAUUAUUUAUUUUAUAUAUAGCCCAAGAUAAAUCUCUCAUUUUUUUUUCUGGGUUUUGCGUAUUUCCCCCCCUCUUCCUUUAUCAGGCGGAUUCACUUUCUUCUCCAAUUAAGCGGUGGCUAUAGUGGUGCAUGAGAUUAUCACGUAAUUUGAUCUGAUGCAAGUUGUUGAUUUGUGCCUCCUAAUUUGCUCUGAUUAAAGUUGUCGGUUAGUGCUUCCAGUUUGAUCUGAUUCAAGUUGUCGCUUUGUGCUCCCAAUUUGCGUUGAUUCAAGUUGUCGGUUGAUCUGAUUCAAGUUGUCGGUUUGUGCUCCAUUGGGUGUGAGAAAGGAUGGCAAGGGGAAGCAAAGUUGCACGAAAGACUAAUGGUAGGAGAAAGGCUGGAUCCACAUAUAGAGAUUCAGAUCAGUCAGAUGAGGAUUACAGACUCGAUGACGAUGAAGAGUUUGAUGAGUCAGAAGAUGGAUAUUCUUCUUUCGUUGGAGAUGAGUCUGAAGAGAGUUUAGGUGAAUAUGAAGAUGACGAUGAGGAACUAAAGCCGAGGAAGGUGAAAAGGGCUGUUCGAUCAAGAGCAUCAAGCAGAAAUAAAAAAGGCACUGUAAAGCCUAGAAAGAGAAAGAGAGUUUCAUAUAGAGAAGAUGAUGAUGAGGAUGAUGGAGUUGAUGAAGAUGAGGAGGAGUUCACACCAGAUUGCUUGGAUGAAGAAGAAGAGUUUACAGUAACGAAAAGGACAAACAAUUCUAGCAACCGAAGGUUGCGUAAGGGCACUGUUAAAGAUGAAGAUGAUGAGGAAUUCACACCAGAUUGCUUGGAUGAUGAAGAAGAGUUCCCAGAAACGAAAGUGUCGAACAAUUCUAGCAAGCGACGGUUACGUAACGGCACUAUCAAAGAUGAAGAUGAUGAGGAAUUCACACCAGAUUGCUUGGAUGAUGAAGAAGAAGAGUUUCCAGAAACGGAACUGUCGAACAAUUCUAGCAAGCGACGGUUACGUAAGGGCACUGUCAAAGAUGAAGGUGACGAAGAUGAUGAGGAAUUCACACCAGAUUGCUUGGAUGAAGAAGAAGAAGAAGAAGAACUUCCUGUAAUGGAAGAGACGGAAAAUUCUAGCAAGCGACAGUUACGUAAAGGAAAUGUUAAAGAUGAAGAUGAUGAGGAAUUCACACCAGAUUGCUUGGAUGAAGAAGAAGAAGAAGAGUUUCCAUUAACGGAAGAGACGGAUAAUUCUGGCAAGCAAUGGUUACGGAAGGGCACUAUCAAAGAUGAAGUUGAUGAAGAAGUUGAAGAUGAUGAGGAAUUUAAUCCAGAUAGCUUGCAGGAAGAAGAGGAUUUCCCAGUAGCGAAAGGGAUGAAGAAUUCAAGCCGGUUACGGAGGCAUAAGGGCACUGCCAAAGAUGAUGACGAGGAUGAUGAUGAAGAAGAAGACAAGGAUGAUGAGGAAUUCACUCCAGAUGAUUUGGACGAAGAAGAGGAUAUUCCAAUUACGAAAGGGAUGAAGAAUUCAAGCAAGCCACAGUUGUGUAAGGGCACUAUCAAAGAUGAUGAAGAGGAUGAUGAUGAUGAUGAUGAGGAAUUCAAUCCAGAUAGCUUGGAGGACGAAGAAGAGUUUCCAGUAAUGGAAGGGAUAAAGUAUUCAAGCAAGCCACGGUUGCGUAAGGGCACUACCAGAGAACAAAAGAGAAAUAGAAACCAUAAAGAGUUGAAGAAGAUCACAAGAAAGAAACCACAGAAGAACCAGCGAUUGAAAAGGAAAGCGAGAUCUGAAAAUGACGAGGAGUUCAUAGAUGUUGAUCCAAUCAUGAAAGAAAAGAACAAAAAGAAUGCAGGUCAGAGGAGGAAGAGAAAGAGAUUAACCGUAGAUUCUGAUUCAGACUUUGUUGCGAGCUCUGGAUCGUCUGACCAUGAGUUUACCAUCUCUGAAGAAGAGAGGGAACAAGUUAGAGAGGCUAGCAAUUUUUGCAGGAGCUUGGUUACAACUUGGAGGGGCUCAGCGUCUUUGAAAAAUCCACCCAGAGAGGAAGCUCCGCGCCUACAAAGAAAACAUCCAGGAAGAAAGGCUAAAGAAAAGGUGGAGGAGUUAAAGAGUGAAGCCGGAAAGCAGAUUUGUGGCAUAUGUUUGUCUGAAGAAGGUAAGAGAACAGUUAGAGGGACAUUGAAUUGCUGCAGUCAUUAUUUUUGUUUUGCUUGCAUCAUGGAGUGGUCCAAAGUGGAAUCCCGCUGUCCACUGUGCAAGCAGAGGUUUGUGACGAUCAGUAAACCUGCGAGGUCAGACACUGGCUUUGAUUUGAGGACUCUGGUUCUUCAAGUCCCUGAACGUGAUCAGGUUUAUCAACCUUCUGAGGAGGAGCUUAGGGGUUACCUUGACCCAUACGAAAAUGUAUUAUGUACAGAGUGCCAGCAAGGUGGGGAUGAUGCUCUUAUGCUACUUUGUGAUCUCUGUGAUUCACCUGCGCAUACUUAUUGUGUUGGUCUUGGACGUGAGGUGCCUGAAGGUAACUGGUACUGUGAAAGCUGUCGGCCAACUGCUCUUGCUUCUUCAAACCCACAGAAUCUGAAUCCGAUGCCUGGCAGUUUUUCUGUUGGUUCACCUCCUGUUGCCAAUGUAAGAGAAACAUUUGAUCUUAAUGAAAUGUAUAUACCUGAUACCCCUUUGACUGAAGAGUCAGGUGAUUUUCAAUCUCCCCGAGAUGGUCAAGUUUCUUCUCUAGCUUCUGGGAUUGGGGCAUUUACAGUUUCUGACCGACGCAGAAUACAAAGGCAAAUACAUCAACUCCUUAAUGACAGGAGGAGACAACUUGGGAACGUUACUGGGACCUUCGGUGGUGUAUCAGGGAAUAGUAUCUUUGGUUCUCAAAUUGCUCGAAGUAGGGAAUUAGCAGCUCAACCUGCUGUCGCACAAAGGGCAGCACCUCAUAAUACAUUUUUCCGGGGAAGGCAACUGGAUAAUGCUCAUUUAUCUCAAAAUCGGAACUUUGUACCCCAAACAUCAAGUAAUUUGAGUGGGCAACUGAAUUUGAAUGGAGCCUCUACAUCAUCACAAAGUUUUUUUGGGGAAUUUUUGGAAAGUGAAUUGCAGGGGACUGAUGCAAGUUUCAGCUUUGGUUUGGUUCAUCAGCCACUCCAUCCCUGCAGUAGCAGAUCUAAUGUUGGGCCUGAUACUAGCACUUCUCCUUGUCAAUUUAGAGAGCCUGCAGUACCUUCAAGGACAUUGCCCAGCACUCUUAGAAGACCAUUUUAGCUGCAUGUGCUUGUGAAGUGAAGCUCCUUGUGCGAUUGACCAUAAUUUGUAAUUAUGUUGGGAGACUAGCGGGCAGCCAAAUCUCCCAGGUGGAGGGUCGGUGUGCUCUUGCCUCUUUUUGUAUGUAAGGGAUGAUGGUGAGGGAAUCACGAGUACAGAAGGCGUAUGCUGUUUGUUGAAGCAUUGGGAUUUGAUGUACCACUACUCCAGAAAUAACGUUAGCCAUUCUUUCUGCCCAUUGACCCUGCCGUACAAAUCCAUUUGUUAGGAUAGAAUUUUCAUCUUUACACUUGUAUACCUCGCUUUACUGACAAAAGAUGCCUUGAUUGCUGUUAAAAAUAUGCAACAAUUGUUGUUAUUUGUCAUUGUUAUUAAUUAGCCAAUUUGUUAUCCGAGAAUGAUACUCAGCUGUUAGAUAUGUUGGAAUUCUGCCAAUGACCAAGAUGACUGCUGUUUUUCUG